AAACGAUCACCGUUAUUCCUCGCAUAAAUCCUCGGUAAUGUUAUUUGUAAAGUUAGUAUUGUAUAGUUCGAAACAUUCCGGAAACAUAUUCCAUCCGGUAUCAUAAAUAAGAUUCGAAUAUCUUUGAGUUUACAGUCUGAAGGUGCCCUCCAUUGAGCCCAUUGUCGUUGUAACCUGAUAUAUGCACUGUUUAUUCUCGUGAAAAUUCGCCUCGCUGCACACGCGCAAUGAAAUUCUCCAUAGUUUUACCAUCGAGAUCUAAGCAAACUUCAUUGUGAAACGUGCCUGAUAUAUCGUACGAAACAUUCUAUCGAGAUCGAACGAAUCAAUUAAUCGUAAAAAUAAUCGCGUAAAGUAUUAAUUUUUUUCGAUCGAAGGAUCGAAGGAAACGAAGCGGAUCGAGCGUGAGAAAUUAACGAUAGAAAAAUAAAAGAGAGAGUCUUUUCUCGAAAGUCUUUACCGACCGCGCACAACGUGGCGAGGGUGGCGCCUUCGGCAAGGUCUGCCUAUGAAUCGCAACCCUCGAGAGAGACCAGUGGUGGAGGAUUGACACACGGUGGGGUGGCGAAACGAGAAACUCUCUUUCCGUGAAAGUGUCGGGGUGUAUUGGCGCUGUCAUAUGGAGGCAAACGAGGCGCCGUGUUAGGCACUCUGGCCUGCACGGACGCCUUGCUGUGUGCGUUACGUCGUGAAAAAGUGUUGGAGAAAAAAAAAAGAAAAAAAAAAGCGAACUGUGUGUAAACUAAGUUUUAUUAAUUUGGUGAGUGUCACGGAUGUAUUGGAUGUUACGGAAAAGUUGAAAGCGCGAGUGUAAGGAUACAGCGAAUUUAAAAUGGGUCAACCCACCAACCCAGCAACCGAACGUGUACUCCUUUCUGUCACUAAUUCGUUAUUGGGCCUAAUUAUUAUCGAGAGUGAACGAGCGAAAAGAUAACGCGAAAGUUCUUCUCGUUAUGAAAAAAAUGACAUGGAAAGUGCGCCCUUCUUCCAUUCUUUUGAUUCUUCCUCGUUCGUCGUUACGUUCGCCGUCGUGAUCGUUGACAUCGCCAUCGUCGUCUUCUUUGAUUCUACGAUCGAAAUUUUUAUUUCCGUUCGGUGAUAAUAAAAGUAUGAAAUUCUCGCCGGCUAUGGAAAUGCAUUGAUUGACACGCGGCCACAGUAGCGAGAGAUGAUACAGGUGAUAAAGGGAAGCGGAGGUGAGAGGUCGCGUUUGCAUUUCCUCCUACACGAGGAAAUCACGAUUCAACAAACGAAUCCCAUCGUAUUGGGAUGUCUUCCAUUCGAGGAAAUCGUCGUAUCACGGAUGAGUUAUGUGGGUUUUUUGGCCAUAAAUCAACCGGUACAAUGCAACGGAAACGAGUCGUAAUAUAUUUUACUCGUGUUACGGUGUUUUUGUAUGGUACGGUCGACAAUCACGCGUUUGCGAUAUGCAAUUCGCGAGAAAGCUAACGGGUAACCACGAUACAAUCGCGGACACUUGUACGCGACCCUGAAUUCAAUUAUCGAUUCUCCGAGGAAAAUACACGACGAUGCAGUUUUGAUGCACUGUCGCAAUUUAUUUCGCUUAAACCGUAUAUAUUUCUGUUAUUUGUUUCGUCGAGGGGAAUAAUAUAGAGUAAUUUUUAAAUGGAAAUGUCAAUAAGUGUUGAUUGAAUGUGUUAAAAAUGGCGGCCAGUAAACCUCCGGAAAUGAAUUACACGUGCGAAAUUUGCGGUCUAGAAGGUUUCAAUGAUGAAGAGAUGAGAUCUCAUAUGGUUUUCUAUCAUCUUCAAGGAGCCGCAAAUUGCCCCUUUUGCGAUUUAGGCGAAAUAUCACCAACGGAGAUGUUGACACACGUUAAUAGUGCUCAUCUCGAUUACUUAACACCUAGUACUCCAGAGAGUGACAUGAUGGCAUUUAUUGAUGAUGAUUCAUUAGUGGAUGAUAGAAGACAUGAUGAAUGUCGUGGUCCAUGUCCUUCUCCAACCAUGUCUCCAAGUCCUCCGCUUCUUCAAAAUGGUUGGAGUAGUUCGUUUAGUCCUCGUGCUAAGCAGCAACAAGAGAUAUUAAAAUCAGAGCCACAAAUUCCUAGUUCUAAUAUGAAUAAUAAUAACAACAACAAUAACAUUGGGAAUGUUAAUAAUGAUAAUUUUUCAGUUAUAGAAGGUGCAGCUGGACAUGGAUCUCCACUGCGUUCAGGCCUAAAUUUACAAUUGCGUUCUCAUGCUUCACCAAAACUUCCAGUUCAAGAAUGUCCUAUGUGUCCCUACAGUUCUGACAACCCAUCAAGGCUAGAAGAGCAUAUCAACAGACAACAUUUUGAUCUUACUUCGCCGUCCUUUCCACCUGAAUCUCCACCAUCUCGUGAUGGUGUUUUUAACUGCCCUUUAUGCAUUACGUCUUUUCCAAAUUCUUCUGAUCUUGAAUUACAUGUUAAUAUAGAGCAUAAAGAUAUAUUAAGUCCUGCAAAUGGUGCAGCUUCCCAAAUGGCUCAAGCGACCAUUGGUAGUGAUACACCUGCAUGCCCAGUUUGCUUUAGUACCUCGUUUAAAAGCAAUGAUGAAUUGACUGCACAUAUUGAAGAACAUUUCAGUAAAAAGUGUACUCCAUCCCCUAUAACUCCGGAUUUAUCUACUGAUAGAAUGUUAGCAAAAGAUAUGGAAAGACUUGAAAAGGAGCUCAGAAAAUUACGCGAACAACGUGAAUUUGAAUUGUUAAGAGCUCAAUAUGGGAUGGACAAUCAGGGAAAUUUUAGGGAACAAAGUGUUACCAAUAUGCAGCGGGCUGUAUAUUCAGGAGAAAUGACGAUUGCUGAUUAUUACGAAAGACAAACUGAACUCAGAGUAGCUGAAAGUAGCGGUAUCGAUGAUGGCAGCUCCUGUACACGCGGAUUAGUUCCCAAAAUACGAGCUGUCAGUCAAGCAUGUAGUAAUGUAUUAAGCACCUGGAUGUGUUCUACUGUAGACCAUUAUGCUACUACUUAUGGAGACAAAGGAUGGGGAUGUGGUUACAGAAAUUUGCAAAUGUUAAUUUCAUCACUUUUACAACAUACAGGGUAUAAUGAGUUAGUUUAUAAAGCAUGGAAUUCUGGUUUGGAUAGUGGUAGUUCUACCAAGAAUCCAUUACGAAGUUCAAUACCGUCGAUCUCUAGACUUCAGAAAAUGAUAGAGUGGGCUUGGGCUCAAGGUUUUGAUACCCAAGGAGCAGAACAAUUGGGAGGAAAAUUGGUGAAUACUAGAAAAUGGAUUGGUCCUACAGAAGUAGUCAUAUUAUUAUCUAGUUUGAGAAUAAAAUGUCAGUUAAUAGAUUUUUAUACACCAACUAAUUCUGAUGGUGGACAUCCUGAAAUGUUUAAUUGGGUUUUACAAUAUUUCCAACGUUGCGAUGAUUUUAAGCCACCUCUUUAUUUACAGCAUCAAGGUCAUAGUAGAACAAUAAUAGGAGUAGAACAAUUAAGAGAUGGUUCAAUAACAAUGCUAGUACUCGAUCCAAGCCAUAGCCCACCACAAAUGGCACAAUUUAACAAUACAAGUAGUGCACUCGGUGCAAUGCGUUUGGUGCGAAAAUCGAUUGCAGCGAUGAAAGCAAGACAGUAUCAAGUUGUUGCCGUUACCGGUAUUAUGGAAACUGAUUUAGAAUAUCAUGAAAGCAAAGUGUUACGUUUAAUUCGUGUACCACAAGAUAGGUGAGAGUUACUGGCUCGAAAAGAAGUUAAAUCUUUUGGAAAGACGAUAGACUGCCUGAAACCAAUUUUGUCCGGCAUCCUUAAAGUUACAUGACCGCAAUGUUCUAGGUUUUAUUAAUAGGGGAUUUGCUCCAUCAUAGUAGUUGCAAAAAUAUUAUUUAACAAUAUAUUCUUGCAUAUUUUCGCCGUCGUAUGUCGGUUUCUCAAAUCACGUGUAUUUAAGCCUGCGUCGCGGUUCAGAAUUUUGGAAUUAAAAUUGAUGAACUUAUAAAAAUUACAAUUUUUAAAAAAAAAAAUCUAUAUAUCGCGAAAAUUAAUUUUUUUUAUCAGCAUUAAAAAUAUUGUACUUUGAUGUGUGCUUGAGAAAGAAAGUUAUAAUCAGGAUGUAUUUUAAAGAUAUUUCAAAAUCGAUUCGAUUGAAAUUUUUUGGUCUAAAUAAUGUUCUGCUCAAUUUUCGUCGCACCGAACAGGUUGUGCUAAUUUUUAAUCGAUAAAUCGACUUAUGCCGAUCGGUUGCAUCAGCGAAAAAAGCCAUGGCAGAGCUUGAAAAAUGAGACUCUUUCGUAGCUGUGAUGCUGUUAACAAUUUAAUGCUAAUCAUCGAUUCUUAAUAUUUUUGGAGACACUCCAUAUAAUCAUUAAAAAAAAAAAGCAUUGUCCGCGUUUUAACUUCUUUCACUUGUAUUUUACAUUUUUAAUAAAUAUUAUUGUCACAAUAUUCAUUGUCAAUUUUUAGUCAGUAUAAGUACCAAUAAUGAUAUAAUCACAAUUCGCGUUAUAUAUGAUGAAUUUUAUAAAUCGUUCUAAAAAAACUAUUCCCAAAUAAAUUCUUAUUAUCGUUGUUUUUACACAGUUUUUGGAGUGUCUACAAGAAUAAAUGACAUAUUUCCAUAUAUUAUAUAUACAUUUAUCUAUAUACAUAUACACAUAUGUGCACACAUUCUUCGUUAUAUUACACUUCAUUCACUCAUACAUAAAGUACAACUACUUUCAUACUAUUUAUGAAUAAUAUAUUUAAUUAUUGGAUUACUUUAAGACUUAUCCAUACCUUAACAUGUAAGUUAUACACAAUGUUGAGAGAGAAAAAGAUCAGACAGUCCAUUACCUUGUUAUUUAUAUAAAAUAAUUAAAAGUUAUAUUAUUUUUAUUCUUAUAAUUAUAAUCAUUAAUAUUGUUAUUAUUAUUAUUAUUAUUAUUAUUAUUAUUAUUAUUAUUAUUAUGAUAUUUAUUAUAUUUAUUGUAAAUUAUAUCAAUAUACACAACUUCUAUUUAUUAUAGUUGAAAAUCAUUAAGAACUUUGAUAUUUGUUAUUGUGGAAAAUAUUAUUAAAGAUUAUUAUUAUGCUUUAUUAUUUUACAUGAAUGAAUGUUACAUAUAAAGGGCACUAAUUGGAUAAAUAUUUGUCUUUCUAUUUAUUAAGAUCAUAUAAAAUAUGAUUGACAAGAAAAUAACAAUUAUUACUUGCAUUAAAUUCAUCAUUGAUUAAGAAUAUGUUCAACAUUUUGGAUUGUUCAGGCAAAGCAAAUUAUGGAAUUGUUAAGCGAGUGUAAAAAAAACUUUAAAUUAUUCACAUGUCAAAUUAAAAUAUAUGCUUUGUGUUAGAAUUCCCAA